GGGAGGGCAGAGCCGAAGAGCCCGACGACGCCCGGAGGAAACGGCGAGGAGGAUGUCUCACCGAGCGGCCGGCGCCCGGAUGAGCCCGUAGCUACCCCAGCGGGCCUCAGACCCCAGCGCCAACUCGGACUUUGUCUUUAGGGGUCUGGCUCUGCCCCUCCCGAUUUCCCCUAGGAUCCGGAGGAGCCAACGUGCCUCUCUGCCCUCCAGCCUUCUUCACCAUGUCCAAGAUGCCGGCCAAGAAGAAGAGCUGCUUCCAGAUCACCAGUGUCACCACUGCCCAGGUAGCCACUAGCAUUACCGAGGACACCGAAAGCCUGGACGACCCGGACGAGUCACGCACGGAGGACGUCUCCUCUGAGAUAUUCGACGUAUCUCGAGCCACAGACUAUGGCCCUGAGGAGGUCUGCGAGCGCAGCUCCUCCGAGGAGACACUCAACAAUGUUGGGGAUGCGGAGACUCCCGGGACCGUCUCCCCAAACCUCCUCCUAGAUGGGCACCUGGCCAUCGCCUCGGCUCCCGCCAACGGAGGAGGAGCCAUUCUGGCUCGGAGCGUGGCUGGGGCGCUCGCCAGUACCGUGGCGGCGGCCGCCACUCCAGCCCCCGCCCCCGGGGCUCCGGGUGGCCCCCCGAGCGCUGGGUCCUCCGCCGGACCGGGAACUACAGCUCCGUCUCAGCCCCCCACCACUUGCAGUUCCCGUUUCCGCGUGAUCAAGCUGGACCACGGGAGCGGGGAGCCCUAUCGACGCGGCCGAUGGACGUGUAUGGAAUACUAUGAGCGGGAUUCCGACAGCAGCGUCCUGACUAGGUCCGGGGAUUGCAUUAGACACAGCAAUACUUUUGACCAGACUGCAGAGCGGGACAGCGGCCUGGGCGCCACCGGAGGGUCUGUAGUGGUAGUGGUGGCCUCCAUGCAGGGGGCGCACGGGCCCGACUCGGGAACUGACAGCUCCUUGACUGCUGUGUCACAGCUACCCCCGUCGGAGAAAAUGAGCCAGCCCACUCCGGCCCAGCCGCAGAGUUUUAGCGUUGGGCAGUCGCAGCCGCCACCGCCGCCCGUAGGUGGGGCUGUGGCUCAAAGCUCGGUUCUGCUGCCGCCGUUUGCGGGAGCAGCUGCCGGGCAGCAGCCAAUGAUAGCAGCUGCCGCACAGCCAAGCCAGCUACAGGGAACUGGGCCCGGCGGCUCCCCUCCAGGACCGAGUGGACCAGGUCUGCCGCCUACGAAUGUAACCCUGGCGCAGCCGGCUGCGUCCCUACCUCCGCAGCCGGUCCCAGCAGUCGGCGCUUCAGCGACGCAACAUUCCCAGCAGUUCGCCUAUCCCCAGCCUCCGAUUCAGCCUGGCCAUUUGCUGCCGGGCCAGCCCUCCGGCCAGAGUGAGUACUUGCAGCACCACGUGGCCGGCCUCCAGCCGCCGAGCCCUGCGCAGCCUUCCUCCACCAGCGCCGGAGCGACCGCCUCUACUGCGGCUAACUUUCCCAUGGGCUCUGGCCAGAAUGCCUCUUCGGUAGGCGCGCAGAUAAGGGGCACGUCUUCCCAGCCCAGUGAAGCUGUUACUGCGGGGCCGGGACUAGCACAAGGCGGGCAGGCCGCGCCUUGUCAGCCGGCUGGGGUGUCCCCAGCUGCUGUAGGAGGCAUGGUGCAGCCGGGCAAGGGUCCUACGGGGGUCGGGCAGCCCCAGUCUCUGCCUCCGCAGCAGAUCGGUGGCAGUGGUCAGCUGUCAGUCGUGCCUGGUGGCCCUCACACCGUGGUGCCCGGAGUUCCAAACGUGCCUGCAGCCGUACCCGCUCCAAGCGUGCCUAGUGUGUCUACCACUUCUGUUACUAUGCCAAAUGUACCUGCGCCUCUGGCCCAGUCGCAGCCGCUGAGCAGCCAUACACCAGUCAGCAGGAGCAGCAGUGUAAUCCAGCACGUUGGGCUGCCCUUAGCUCAAGGCACACACAGUGCGCCAACGAGUCUACCACAGUCUGACCUAAGUCAAUUUCAGACUCAGACCCAGCCUUUAGUCGGGCAAGUUGACGAUACUAGAAGAAAAUCAGAACCCCUACCUCAACCACCACUUUCUCUCAUUGCUGAAAAUAAGCCUGUUGUGAAGCCACCUGUUGCAGAUUCUCUAGCAAACCCUCUUCAGCUAACACCUAUGAACAGUCUUGCCACCUCUGUGUUCAGCAUAGCUAUUCCUGUUGAUGGGGAUGAAGACAGGAAUCCUUCAACUGCUUUCUACCAAGCGUUCCAUUUGAACAUGUUUCAGGAAUCAAAGAGCCUCUGGGAUAGUGCAUCUGGGGGAGGUGGUGUAGCCAUUGACAACAAAAUAGAACAAGCAAUGGAUCUGGUGAAAAGCCAUUUGAUGUAUGCAGUAAGAGAAGAAGUGGAAGUUCUAAAGGAACAAAUAAAAGAAUUAGUUGAAAGAAACUCUUUACUUGAACGAGAAAAUGCACUGUUAAAAUCUCUUUCAAACAAUGAUCAGUUAUCCCAACUCCCAGCCCAACAGGCCAAUCCUGGUAGCACUUCUCAACAGCAAGCAGUGAUAGCACAGCCUCCACAGCCAACGCAACCUCCACAGCAGCCGAAUGUCUCCUCUGCAUAAAGCUUUCUUAAGCCUCAUUAAGGGAAAAAAACAGAAAGCAAUCUAUCCUUGUGUGCCACUGGUGUUCUUUUCCUCCACUUUAUACGAAAGCAAGUUAGCCAUGCUUUGGUUGUGUGUUUGGCCUUUUCAGUAUUAGACAAUCAUUCUACAAGAGCUUUUCCUCCAAGAUGUCAUGCAGCACUGUUGACAUCCAGUUCUAUGUCAGCAGUACACAAGGAGAAUAAUAGAUGGGGUUUAUUAAAGCAAGCAAAGUCUGCAUUUUACCUGAUGCGCAUGAGUGGGGUCUCUAAGCAUUUUGGUGGCUCUCCCAUGUUUCCUAUUACCCAUGGAUUUACCUUGAGCCUUCUUCCCAUCAUAUUAUAAAUAACAGUUCAUCUAAAGAGCCACUUUUCUUUCAAUAUCAGUAACAUUUGCCUACAUAAGUUUUCAUUUAUUUGUGUUUUAUUUAUUACAGGGCUGCUAUUUUCAUAAUGUACAUGAACAAUGUCACAGAACUUUUAAUUUUUUGAAUAAUUAUAAGUAUCAGUAAAGGAAUUAAAAGACAGGAUUGUGUUUAAUUGAUAAAACGUUUAGGCAAUAAUUGAACAAAAGAAUCCUGGCAUAUUUCUAACACUAAUGGCAAUUUACCUUUGGUAUUUAUUUUCAGUAGUAAAGACCCAGCUUGAAUGUAAAUUUUGUAUAGUGUAAGUAUGAAUAACGUAGUGCAGCUGUACAGGUAGUCACCAGUUAUUGUGAUAUAAUAAAUAAUUGGGCUAUUUUGAUGAAGAAAACCUUGUUCAUUUGUUUCUACUUUCUAAUAGAGAAAUUGCCACGAUUCCUCUGCUUUUCAACAUUUCGUAUGACUUUUUUUUUUCCAAGUGGGAAUAAAAAGCUGUGAAAUUGUUCAACCUACUUUGUAACCAAAGAAGCAAAGCUGUGUAAUGGAGUUUUGGUUUUUUGUUUUUUUUUUUUUAUAAUGCACAUUCUUUAUGUAUUUUUAUUUAGUGUUUUUCUUGGUCACAAUUUUCUUUGCUGUCUAGCAUGAUCUGCAUGACCUAUAAUCUUUGAACCACUUUCGUACCUCAUGUUUUUAUCCAGCACUCUUAUUGUAAUAUGUACUAGUCUGUGAACAAUGUCAAAUAAAAAAGAACGAACAGGUAGUAUGGUGGAGCUGAGCUAGUGUACAAUACACUAGUUGUAUAAAAACAAAAAUGAAGUGAGCCAUCUUUUGUUCAUUUAAAAUGGUGUUUUGAAUUUCAUAUGCAGAAAACGUUUUGUUACAUUGCAGAUUUUAAUGUAUUUAAUAAAUGCAACAUGCAGAUUAAGUGCAGUGUAUACUGAGUAUUUAAAUUAAAAUGUACAUUUCAUAAAUACAGUUUCAAGAGAAAGCAUCAUUUUGUGUAUACUAACACAUUAAGUGUAUGUCAGAAAUUGAUGUAUAAAUAUAUUUUAACACAUUUUCUGAAAUUAAACUGCAGUUUUGUUGAAAUAUUUGGCUCUAUAUGUGUUCAAAAUCUGACUAGAUUUGUAUUUUCACAGUUCAAAAUAUUCCUUAAAUGAAAACCUAUGUUAUUAAUGACAGUGAUAGUCCUUAAAUUUUUAAAGUGAAAUAACUUAAAGAAUGCAAGAAUAGUGAGCAAUAUUUAUACUCAAUAUUCAUAUUAUGUUAAUGAUAUAAGUAGGAAAUCCUUGUCUACCAAAACUUUUACUUGAAUUCAGAAAGGUGCCUGUAGAAUUAACAUGUGCUAUAUCUAGCCAGCUAGCUAAUCAGGAGCUAAUGAGAAACAGUAGUUAUCUCUCCGAGUAAAAGAGGGUAAGUGUUCUUUAUCUAUUUGAAGUAAAAACUUAAUCAGGUUAACCACAAACAAAAGUCAUAAAAUUGAGUUGUACAUUGGAUUACCAAAUAUUUUAUAUGCUAGUUAUGCUGCAGGAUAUACUGUCCAGUGAACAAAAUUCUAAUAACAUUAGAAACAUUUAAAAGACCUAAAUAUACAGUAUAGGCUUAAAUAACUCUUAGGAUGUGGGUUGAGAUUCUAGAGCCACCAUAGGUGAAACAAUGCAAAACUUUGUGAUGGAAUGAUGUAAUAUCAGAUUCCUAGGUAUACCCUUCCAGUCCUACCAAUGUGAUACUUGAUGCAAAAAAAAACCCAACAACUAAUAUUAGAAAAGGGUCGCAGGACUCAAUGGUAGAAUAUUCCCUGUCAUGCACAAGACCACCCUGUAUUUAAUUCUCAGCAGAGCAAAAAAAAGGGGAUAUAAUUUCUGUGAAAAUAAGAUUUGAUUCUGGGGUUAGAAAAACAUUUCAUAAACAUAGUUACCAAGGAAGAGAUUAAUAUUUGUCAAGGAUUAAACUAAUUGUAAUUACUUUUACUUAUAUAUUUUAAAAAUAGAAAAGGAGAGAAAAUAGUUGAAUGUGCUUUCUAAGGGUUUAAUCUCUAGUAACUUAAAUCCAAAUUAAUAUUUUUAACAAAUUGUUAUGUCUUUGAAAUAGAGGGCUUAAUGUUGUAAGGCAGGUUUUCCUGUGUUCUCCAGAAAAUAAUUUGGCAAUAUAUAUUAAAGCCUUAACUACUAAUAAACUUCAGUUUAAUGACACUAUGCUCAUGGUGUCGUGUUCCAAAAAUGCGGAGUUAAUUGUGCUUGUCCUCUGCUUAACCUCUCCUUACCCUAGAAUUCAGAUACCCCUUAUCUGCCAUCCCCCACCCCCCACCCCGAAAAGCUUUGGAAAGAAGUAGUUACAUCCAAGCCUAGACUCAUGAGGCACACCCAGCACUCCAAAGUCAGGAACAAAGGUGGAAAAGCUGUUAUGUUUGUAUUUGGAAAUGUUAAACAUUCCCCCAAUGGAUUAGUCCUUUCAAGGUCUUAAUUUCCAUUAUAUCUUGGAGUUUUAGAGUCUGUUGCUUCAAAUAGAAUAUUAACUGAAAUCCCAAUGUGGGGGCAGUCUUGAAUGUUAUCUAAUUUUCUCAGUGCAAUUCCUGUAGUCCAAGGUGCUACAUAAGGUUGCUGUUGGUUUAUUUUAGCUAACCAGAAAAUCACAGGUAGACAUAGGUACAGUUUUCUGAUACUGUAAUAUGUGUACAAUUUUUAAACCUAGGUUUUAAGAAAAUUCAUUUUAGGUAGUUCCAGUAUAUGUAAUCUUUUCAGCUUGCCAUACCCCAAAAAACAAAAAUGUAAGGAGUUGGAAGAAUUAAGAAUUAAAGUCACUUUAAAUUUAAAUGAAGCUAUCUAGCAGGUUCUUUGUGGCAUGACUCAGUUCUCUUCAGAAAUCCUGUUAAAGUGACAAAGUCCAAUCUAAGGAUGCAGUUUAAGGAUAUACAAAAGCCAACUAAUAUAAUGCAGCAGGAAAUACAGUCCAGGAGAGCUUUGUGGGGCAGCUAUCUGAAAAGGUGACAUCUGUGUCUUGAAGGUUAUAACAAGCCAAUGGGAAGAGCAUUCCAAGUACAAAGAAAACAGCACUGGAAAACUCGAAGGAGGGCAUAAACAAGGCUCAUUAAAACAGCCACAAUUGCACAGGACACAGACAAUGCCUCACCUCAGCAAGAAUGAUUUAUGAUCUUAAGUAAUGGGAUAUUGUGCUCAAUUGUAGUGGCAGAUGGGAAGUAGAUUGAAGGGCUGAAACGAAUCAGAAGUAAUUUAGACUAGAUGACAGUAAUCCAGAAAAGGCAAAGUUAGUCAAUUUUGUGAAGCACGUGAAGUUUGUCUUGGGUCUAUCUGUACCAUUUUUCAAUAAAUGUUCCAUUCCCAAUAUCAGAUGCCCUGUUUUCUUGACCUGUCAAAAAAAAUUAAGAAACCUCAACUCUUGUACAUGAAAGCUUGAGUUGCCUUUUAUGUCUAAAAGUCAUGUAUCUGAAACUGAAAAGUCUUUUUUCCUGUUAAAGGAAUUACAAGAAUUUAACUAAAGGAUGGAGGAAAUCAAGAAGCCUUGGUCACUUUAUGCCUUUGUAAAUUCAGCCCUAAAAGUAAACUUUAAUCCUUUUAUAGUAACAACAAUUACCAUGAUUUCAAAAGUUUUCCUUAAAAGCUGUACCUUGCAUCCUGCAAAGGGUAAUACAAUACUGGCCCCACUGCAAGUUCCCGUCAGAAUAGUUUGUUCUCAGCUUCAGCUUUUCAUUCUUUGACAUAGGUCAAUCCAGCAACUUCUUUCUUCAGAAUAAAAUUUGCUUAUGCAAAACUGGACCUUUUCUCCCACUUCAUACCUCAAGCUUCAUAAUAAUCUCCGUUUUCUAGCAAUAGUAAUUGUUCAUUAUUUUGUGGCUUAUGUUUGUAUCUAUUUACCCUGUUUUGAAAUUCCUUAAUACAUCCCUGUCUCUCAUAUUUCUAUAAUAAGGCACAGAAUGUCUAUACCAAGAUCUGUAUACAUGCAUUCCCUUUGUACGUGGUAGGAUUAAGUGCUAUGUCACCGUUUCCCUAGUGGGGUAAAAUAGGUAUGACAUGCUAUUUUCAGAGAUUAAAAUGCUAAAGGGAAGCACUAUACAAGAAAUUAGCCAGUUUGAGGAAUUUUCCCAUAACCUAAUGUCGCAGAACCAGAUUAAGUUUACAGACUAAGCCAUAGUUACCCCCUUUGAAAGAGGGAAUGGAAAAGGUGUGCUGACUUAGAAAAAUAACAAUUUUAAAGCAAGGAAAAUGCCAUUCUUCAGCUUUCCCAUGCACAAAGUUGAUGUCUUUUCAUUUCAAUCUUUUGCAUACCUGCAGUAUUUUCGUGUAACAACUGUAAAAUACUCUUGCCCAGUACAAAAGUGUUUUCCGUAUCAUACUUCUUGCUAUCAUUGCACAGGCAAGCAACUCAUCUAUAGAUAGAUCAAACCUGAGGAAGUCCUUUCCCACUCUACAGCACUACGUAAUAUCAGGUCAGUGUCUAGUUCCAGUUUUCCUACUUUAAAAUAUACAAAUAUCUAUCACUUGAUCAAAUAGCAGAUUACACAGAAAAAUAAAAUUCUACAAAGUGGCAAAUGAAGUUUUGGAGAAAUUUGGGUUUAUUUUUUUAUUUUAUGGAAAUGUUGAAAUACAAUUCAAUUCUAUUUCAGUCUAGGUGCUGCACCCUGUACUAUGUCUGUUAGGGGACAGAAAGUUGACUGGGGUAUGAUUUGUGCCCUCCAGGAGUUCAUAGUUCAGUGUCAAAGUAAAAACUGAAGUGCCGUAUUAUUUAUUCAGAGUAAAUGUCAUAGUUUGUGGACCUCAUAUCAUUUGUUAAAUUAGAGGUUCAUGUAAAUCAACAGUGAUAUUGCCAUGUCAUGUGAAACUUUUUGCAGUUGCCCAGAGACAACUUUAAAUCACCAAAAAGCUUUAGCAUCAAAUAACAUUUGUAGAAACGGGAACUGCCAAAAAUGUUCUCUACCUUGAGCCUGUAAGGUGUCCCGUAAAAAAGAAACCAAUCUGAGAGAAGUUUACACAUUUUUUCAUACUCUUAAGUUUAUAGAUAAUGGAACUGAUUUGAAUCUAGACUAGAAUUUGUGUGUUAUAAAUUAUCUAUUGUAUCAUAAGCAACACAUUCAUCUUGACUGAUAAAAUCAGCUACCAUUCAGUGAACCAAGUUAAGAGUCACUCCGGUGCCUAAUGCCAAAAAUAAGUCUCUGAUAGAACUGAGAAAUAAAUAUUGAGUGAUGAUAAACAUGACACUUCAAUAGGGAAAGAAUUAGUCAACAAAUAGUAUUGAGAGCAUAACAUUUAGGAAAAAAUAAAUUUAGAUCUCUUACAAAAAUUAAUUCCAGCUAAAUUACCAGUGAAUCAUCUACUUUUGGAUCACAUACUCUUAGAAAUUGAAAGCUAUGAAAAUGCUUUCAUAAACAAAAGUUUUACAAUAGGUUAUGAAGAGAUGCUGAACCUUAGCAAAAUAAGGAAAACAUGAAAACCCAAGAAACCAGCAGAUCCAAUUGGCAUAUAUAUACAUUGUUGGUGAGUGCACAAGUAGGCACCACCGCUUUUAAAAGCAACUGGGUAAUAUCCAUUAAAAUUUAAAAUUCAUACACCUGUGACCCAACAAUUCCAAUUUUUAAUAUAUACCCUAAGGAAACACAUGUGAAUUCACAAGGUAGCUUGUACAAUAAUGUCAUUUGUACCUUUGCUUGUUAUAGUAUAAAAUUGGAAAAACAAAAUACUCAUCAAAAAGAUGUGAUAUACAUUAUAAAAUAUUAAGUAUCAAUGAAAACCCAUGAGUCCUACAUGUGCAGAAAUGGAACGAUGUCUAGGAUACAAUGUUUGUAAAAGGUUGGGGGGAUUGAAGGGCAAUACCUGUAAUACAUAUGAUACCAUUGAUGUUAAAAUAUGUGCCACACACAUGCACACACAAAUACUGUAUAGUAUACUUCUACAAGUACAUAUUCAUGUACCACAUAAAUAUAGAAAGAAGGUCUGGAAGAUACUAACCAAACUGUUAACAGUAGUUUGGUGGUAUGCAUUAGCUUUAAAUGUAAUGUUUGAUGUUUUGGAAUAUGCAUUCAUGUAUUGUUUGUGUAAUGCCAAAUUAAUAAAUUAGAAAUAAAAGAAAA